AUGUCGCGUGUCGCGUCUACUGGUCACUCCGAUCUUGCGCGAGUCCGUCUCUUCCUUCGAUUCGGCUCCCAACCUGGUGCCUUGUCUUUGGUAGGUUUGAUCGGUACUGUGUCGAGUAUUUCGGCUAUAGUGCUGAUAUAUCGCACACCAACGUUACAUAAUGCUUUCGGUUUUAUUUGUGUCUCACAUCUGCUUGCUGAUGCGGGAGUACUCAUAGUAUUUUCUUUCUGGAUCGCUCCAGUUGCAUUACUAGGCUUCUCAGAAACGAUAAGUCAAUCCUAUUUCGCUAGGAGAAUGGGUCAGCUCUGUACGAUAUUUUGGAAUGCUUCUAUAUAUGGCCAGCUACAAAUCGCUAUCAACCGAUUCCUAGCUAUCACAUCACCAAUGCUGUACAAGUGC